AUGGUUUUGGGGUUUACUGGUCAGUGGAUUGACUUGAUAAUGUUAUGUGUCACAAUUGUAUCCUACAGUUUUCUGGUGAAUGGUAGAAGUGCUGGUCAGGCAGAAGCUAGAGGGUCUAUUCAUGGCUGCAGAGUAGCACGGGGUGCCCCAUCUAUCUCACAUUUGUUUUUUGCAGAUGAUAGCCUGUUAUUCUUCAAGGCAAAUGUUCAGGAGGCAGGGGUAAUCAAGCAGUGUCUCAUUGAAUACGAAAGUAUGUCGGGACAGGCAGUAAAUUUCCACAAAUCCAGUGUGUGCUUUAGUAGGAAUACUGCAGAAACUGUAAGGGAUGAGGUAGCUUCUGUUUUGGGAGUUAUACAGGCCCCUAACUUUGGCAAGUAUUUGGGACUCCCGUCUUUUAUUGGAAAGGAAAAAAGGGCAGUAUUCUCUUAUGUCGAAGACAAGAUUAAACAAAGAUUUAGCUCAUGGAAUAAAAGGUUAAUUUCGCAGGCAGGAAAGGAAGUUCUUCUGAAAAGUGUAGCUCAAUCAAUGCCUACCUUUUCAAUGAGCGCCUUUCUCCUUCCAGCUUCGGUGUGUCUGUCUAUUGAGAGAGCUAUGAAUAGGUACUGGUGGGGUUCUGGAAACGAGAAAGGUAUACACUGGAAGGCUUGGGAUAGAUUGUGUGUGCCUAAAAAAUAUAGGGGUUUGGGAUUCAAGGAUUUGAGGGCUUUCAAUCUUGCAAUGUUAGGAAAAUAG